CACACAGACACAAACCAUGCAGGCAGCUCGAGCCGGACCAGCAGCCGCGGCAGAGACGUAAGAAGAUGGAUUAGAUGAAUUAUGUGCCUCGGCUCUUCUUCAACAUGUUCCCGGGAGUUUUCUAUGCACUGUUGGCGGGUUUCCUCGGGGCCGUGGCGUCGUCGUCGGCCAAGCUGUCCCUCGGAGCCGACUACCUGAAGGGAGUCUGUGAAACCGGACUCCGGACGUGGGGCGAGCAGCGGAAAUUUAGACAAGCGGACGAAACUACCGCCUGCGACCGGCUGCAUAUCCCUCUGAGGCUGCUAUGUGGCGGCCUGCUUUUCACCUGCAAUGCUGUGAUGUGGACCUUCCUUGCCAAAGCACUCAGGUACUCCUCUUCCUCCACCCAAACCACUGUGACCACCACCGCCUCCAACUUCGUAUCUUCCGCUUUCCUGGGCCAGCUGAUCUUUGGUGAGGCCCAGAUAACUCUAUGGUGGGUCGGGAUCUCCCUGACCUUCUCUGGUCUGCUGGUACUGCAGAGGGUUUCACCGCAGGAUGGGCAGCAUGACGCGGGCGCCAAGGACGAAUAAUAUGUCUUGUCUCCACUAGGGUUCAGCCUGGCUCCAGCUGGCUGACGUAUGUGUGUUUUGUUUGCACCUCUUCUGAUUUUAACAUCAGGCCAAAGAAAAGUAAAAAUUUCCUGUCAGUCCUCCUGCAAUGACUAAUUUCAAUUGAUUCCUGAUGAACCAAAUGACCCUCAAAAUGCACCCUUCCCGAUAAAGAGGACAUGAUUUAUUUGUUAUGUUGCUGUUUAUGCUCCAGGCUGCGGUUUGUGGCUGAGAAACACUGCUGGCUCAGCUCAGCUGUGGUGCAGCAUUGUUAAGGCUGGUGCUAAAAAUCAGAGGAGGUGUUGGCCUUCAGCCAGUCUGGCCAUGGCGCAGCUACAGUCUGGCUAGUGGAGACAAGCUAAUGGAUGCCCGCACGCAGAUGCUUCCCAGAAGCUCUAAAAUCAUCUCUGUCCACAGGCUUACAAUGAAGCAAAAAUUAUACUAGCUUUAAGUUACUUUUGGGGAAUUUUUCAGUCAACGGCAGCACAACAACUCAUGAGCUAACAGAACAGAUGUGAAGGAAGGGAUGAGGAUUAAAGGAACUAUUUCACAUUUUGGGAAAUGCACUUUUUUGCUCACUUGCUGAGAGUCUGACAAGUGUUACAGUGAAAAUGUGAGUCCACCAGUUUAUUUGAAUCUGCAGAGUGGUUUUAUGGACUCCAAAAAAAAUGCAGUGGCCCUGCGGAAAAAAGUUGAAACAAAUCAUGUAACCGGCAAUCAGAUUAAAUUAAGAUGUUAAUCGUUGUGCAGUCACUUGCUGUUGAUGGCCAUUUAAGUGACACACGUCACACAAUCCUGUGCUAAUCACAGCAAUGUCUAAUUUCUCUCUGCUGUGUCUGAAGCUCAUAAAAUUUGCUAAAAUUUACUAAUUAAUAUGUUUUAUCUUGUUUGUGUAAAUCUAACAUUCACUUAAACCACAACGUGUUUUUCACAAUUCAGUUUUUCUACGGAUUAAACAAACAAGGCAGAUUUUGUUAGCAGCGGACAGAGCCAGGCUAGCGACUCCCUCCUGUUUCCACUCUUUAUGGGUAGCUAAGAUAACAAUUUCUUACCUGUAGGGCUGCAAAUCACAAUUAUUUUCAUUAUCAUGUAAUUUUCUGAUUAUUUUUUUAGAUCACCAGUAUGUGAGCUCCCUCCAGCACAGGAAUCUUUAAAAUAUUUUCUAAAAAUUUAAAUAAAUAAAUCUAAAUGUAUUUAAUGCAAGUGAAAUACUACAAUGCUUCAAAUGAAAACACUCAAAACUGUGAGAUCCAAGAAUUGUAAUUUAAAAAUAAGUUUUUUUCAUUCCUGUAAUAUUUUUGUUUUGAUAUCAGCCAUCUAUUAGUCAACUAAUCCUAUCUUCAUAAUCUUCUCUUCUAACUCUCAGCAAAAAAGGAAACAAGUGCAUUUAUCAUAAAUGAUUCCUUUAAAGGAAGAGACAGAUAAUAUAAUAUAUAUUUAUUUAUUUAUAUAAUCUGAGAAUCUAUGUGCAUAUUGACAGACUGCUCAGAAGUCAAUGUUUUGGGUUUUGUUCAUGAGCAGUGGACGAACAGCAUCACUGGCGAUGUGCACGAUGUCACCGAUACUCAGCCUGUGCAUUAUGGACAGUAUCGCAGCCGUCAGAUCACCAAAGCUUUCUUAAUCCUCACAUUUCCUUAAGUUCCUCUGACACUCACUGUAAACAUCCCACACUGAUGUUGCAUUUUAUGCUUGCUCGGGACGAUGUAAUAAAUGAAGCACUUAGCCGACGAAGUGAACUUGUGUUUUCACAAGUAAUAAUAACACUAAUGUAGCGCUGGAAGGCUCAUCCCUGGGUCUUUUACUUUUUAUUUGCCUUUCUUGACAGCUUGAACCUCAAUAUAUAUACGAGCACGACACAUGUUUUGAUUCAGAGGCAGCUUUUCUUCCACUUCAUGACGGACGUGUGCAUGUUCCUACCGAGGCCUGAACUCAAAUAUCUCACACCAAAGCAUCCCGGAGCGCCAGUGCGCAUCAGAGCUACGUCCCUGCGAGCUGCUUCAUGUUAUUAAACUCACAGUCUUGUGAUUUAAGUGGACUAAGCGUCUCUCGAGCGUGGGAGGCAUCACAUGGCCUCUUGAUUGCCUGUUGAGCUUCAUGCAUUUACAAUCUCAUUUUAUCCUUCGCCUGUCAUCCCUCUGGGUUUCAUAGACACCUGGCUUCAUUAUAAGCUUCCCUGGAGCUGUCAGUGAGAGUGCAAUAACAUUAUACUUCCUUUAAAUCUCAUAACACUGUGAUGUGUGUAACAGCGAGGGAGUUUUGAGCAUUAAUAAUUGAGCAGAGAGAAUGGCAAUACAUGCUGCAAGAGGAACGUUUCUGUUAGCAUAAAUCAGCUAAGUGAGUACACAGGGGUUUGAUGUGACGGGUUGCUUUACUGAACGAUAUUUUAAAAUCAGCCUUUGCUGUUGUUUGGAUACAUAUCAUAAUAUAAAUGCAUAACGGUAGCUAUAAUACCUGUCUGUAAUGUUUCACAGCAGUAACGCACAAAUAUAUGAGAUGUCCUUCCAGCUGCUGCUGUGCAGGUUUUGUAUCAUGUGAUUUACAUGCAUCCCUUUUAAUGUGACUGCAGUGACAAUGUGAUUAUACAGCUCUUGUGUUAGAGGCCGGCUGAGUGAUGUUUCAUAGCAGGGCUGUGCUUUUUCAGCAAUGGAGAUCAUUCAGCUGUUUGUGCCGCCAUGUUUUGGGUUCCUGGGGUGUUGCAUUACAUAAAAAAAAAUCCAGUCAGGACCGCUUUAGUCAAAGAAAACUUUACUUUCUAUUUCUAGUAAGAUAUUUGGCGUUAUGGCUCUGUUCUCUGUUCUCCCUGCCCUUCCACAUGCAUAGUGAGGCUGUCAUGAUAUCAGAUUUGCACUAUGUGAUUAUUUUGGCCAAAAGAAUUUGCGAUAAUAUCACGAUAUGUAUAGAAAAUUUGCAAAAACAAAAUGAUAUCUGAAAACGUAUCUUUAACUUGUGCAUUUUGUCUCUUUUAAGGGCAAUGCCACAAAAUGGAUUUUCAGUCAAAGAAAACCUUAAUUUGUAUUUGCAGUAAGAUAUUUGGUUUUGGGACCUCCCUGUCCUUCCACAUGCAUAGUGGGGCUGUCAUCAGAUUUGCACCAAAAAUAUUAUUAGAAUUGUGAUAAUAUUAUCACGAAAUAUAUAGAAUAUUCAAAGAAAAAAAAACUAAACGAUAUCUGGAAAUGUAUCUUUAACAUGUGCAUUUUGUCACCUUUUUGGCAAUUGGAUGCCAAAAAAAGUUCCUCCAAAAAAUUUCAGUCAGCACCACAUUUGUCAAAGAAAUUUGUAUUUGCAUUAAAAUGAUGUUUGGUGAAAUGGCUGUUCUGGGAACAGAAAAUUUGAAAAAAAAGAUAUAUCUAUAAAAUGUAUCAUUAACUUGUGCAUUUUUCUUUUUUUUUGGCAAUAUGAAGCCAAAUAAAUUAAAAAAUGUCUGGUUUUUGGCAAUAAAUACCAAAAAAUGAGUAAGAGUAAGAAAGAAUGGGGGGAAAAAACAAAGGAAACAACAACAUGAUUUCAAUGUUUCUUCUUUUUCUAUUUUUAUCUGGUAAAUAUCAUGCUUACCUUCAAUACUGGUAUAUUGUGACAGCCCUAAUGCAGACAUGGACAGACUGAGGCAGGGAGAGCAGCAGCUAAGACCCUCAUAGGGUGCAGAACAGAGCAGCCAUCACUGACAACAGAAACAACACCCAUUAGUCAGACACAGCAUGAAAAGGAGGAGCUGGGAUGGAGGCAGGAGGAAGGAACAGGAGGCGAAGGCAGCUCAAACAAAAUGCACCAUAUAAGAUUUACUUAUUGGUUGCAUAAAAGGGAAUCAGUGGCUAUCAACUGAUGUACCUGGGAUCUGAGCGGAACCAACGCUAUGCUUAAAUAGUUAAACGUUUAAGGAACUUAUUUGCUUUCUUUGCAAGAGUUUGAUCAGAAUGGUGAUACUACUCUCAUGUCUGUGUGGUAAACCUGUAGCUGGAGCUAACAGCUUAGCUAGGCAUAAACACUGAAAACAGGGACAAACAGCCUGACAUGUUCCCAAAAGGUUAAAAAAAACCUACUAGCACUUCCAAAGCUCACUAAUGAAGUCUAAAAACAACAAUUUGUGGUUUCACAAUGGAUCUCUAAAGAGAACUGGAUAUAGCAUUGGAGGCGGGACCCUGUUCAUACCUAUGAAAGCUGCUCAGUGGUGCAUGGAGGCAAAAAAUUUUGACUUACCCAGAUCUCCUACAUCUGUGGGGCCCAUGAUAAUAGCAUUUCCUUUAACUCCCAACCGCUCGGUCUCAGGAAGGAAAAUAACUCUGGAUUCGGCUAUUAGAGAACUUCACAAGUUGUAGGACACAAAAAUUUAAAUAAGAGCGAUUAAAUGUUUGUACUCAAGUUUACAUAUCUAAAUCUAAUCAAACAUUGGUUCUAUUUCUUGGCUGGAAACUGAAACAAACAGGCCAAGAAAUAGUCCAGUUCAUAAACCACAACUUGAGUUUUACACUUCUAAUGUGAUAACCGCUUAUUAAUCUUAAUUAGUGAGCUUUAGAGGUUCUGGUAAAUAUAUUUUGUUACCUUUGGACAGAGCCAGGCCAGCUGUUUCCUCCUGUGAACGACCUUAAUGCUAAGCUAAGCCAUUCUACAUACGAAAAUUAGAAAGUGGUAUCAAUAUUUGCUGCUAACUCGCAGCAUUAAAGUGAAUAAUCACAUUUCCUAAAGUGUCAAACUAUUCAUUUAACAUACCUUUAAUAACUGUAAUGUUUGCUUUUGAUUCUGAGGGUUUUUUGUGCCUGGCUCUUCCUCCAGUUAACAGCAUGAUACGAGGGUUAAAACCAUCUACCUGUGAACCCACUCUCACUGUAAUCUAACCAGUCGGAGCUUUGCAGUAGCCACAUUUAUAGCUCUGUGACAGCCGCAUGGCCCUGAGUGUGAUGUAUUUAUAUCUGCGUGCACAUAAACUGUAGAUGUGGUUGUACAGAGAAAUUAAAAAAAAACUGAUGAAAUACGAUCACAUUGUAAAGAAAACAACAGUUAAUUUAUCAGCACUUUGUUUUGAAUCAGUGAAGUUUUGACACAUCUCUUGGUAGAAUAGUUUGUAAUAGUAAGUGCAGGUCGGUCGUCACUUUAAUCUGCAAGCUGCUGCGUCGACAAAUUUAAAAUUUAUGCUCAACUUUUUAACACAAAUUUAAGAAAGGGUGAUAUCAAUUGUUCAUAAUGUGUCUUACAGAUUAUGUGAUGCAAACAUUUGUAAAAGUGUAAAUAUAUUCUGUUAAUAGAAAACACUUAAGAGGAUGUGACCGAGAGAAGAAACACUGUUGAAUUAUUAAAUAAACAUCUCAUCUGACAAACCA